CUGUAGGUGCACAAGGCCGGUAAAGAGCAACGGGACCAGGGAACAACAAGGGUGCAGGCAAAGAGGAGAGAGGGGUUGCCCUGAGUGUAGACAAUCCAGGGCUUGAGGAGUUGGGUUUGCGGUUUAUUUUUUCUCCUGACAAAGACACACACUGUCUAAACUGUGAGGCUGGUUGUUAUUAAGAAGCUGCUAUACAGGGGGAAAUGUAUUUAAUAAAAGGCCCAGUGUUUGUGGUCUUCUUGGGCUCCCUGCUGAGCUCAGGAAAUCUUGAGGUGUGACCAGUUUUCAGCCUUCAAAACCAAGAUGAACUGCCCUUGAGAAGAGCGGUCAGAGGGAAAACAUGUUCACGCUCUCUCUCCUGAGCCGGGGACAUGGGAAGUUGGUCCAGAACAAACAGAAGUUAGAAGUCUAUUUUGAACCAGAGGAUUACUUGAACUGGAAGUCCCCAGAAGAUUAUGUGCUGAUCAGCAAACCGCAGGAUGAUGGGAACCCCACCCAGCACACGUGGAGCCUCUUUCUUCCUAAAACAUUCAGCACUAGAAAGGGCGCCCUGAUUCUCUACUCGGAAGGUUUAGCCAUAUCAGCAUGGGCACCCGAAGAGAGGAUAAAAGGCUCCUAUCACCCCAAAGGCCACAAGAAGAGGCUGGAUCUGGAACUGCACACACUUCAGGACCUCAAAGAAGCUAUCUUGGCAUAUGGAAGGAGACAGAGGGAGCAGAACACAGUCUGGCAACCAUACCUCCACUUCCGAAGCCAACCAGAGAGCCAGGCCCAACGGCAGGUCCAGCCUGGGUAUUCAGCCAAGAGAUACCUCCGAGGCCUCUUGCGGACAUGGCCCCCCGAUACCAUAUACAGGCUUCAACGUGCAGGAUACAUCAAGGAUUCUGUGCUGCUCCAGGAAAGUCUCCUUAAUGUACCAAAGAGUCUAAGGCCACAUCAGGACCUUUCAGGGGUACCCCCAAAAUACCAUCUCCUGCCUGUCUUCCCGCCAUUUUGGACUCAACAAGGAAAAUCUUUUGAACAAGGUCAGCAGGGCCUGGAUGAAGGGCAAGCUGGGGCUGGUGGACACGUGGACCAGGGUUCUAUAGCCAAGAACCACAGCAGUCAGGGGACUCAUUUGCCGCCACUCAGGAAGCAGCCUUGGCAGGAAGAUGAAACCCAGGCAGAGGACACGUCAAUAGAGAAUCACCAUCCUAUACGUGCUUCAAAGGAAAGCCACAAUGAAAGAACACAGCAAACCUCCAGGAGGGCCUUUGGGCAUGCCCAAAUUGGUCGUUCCUGGCUCCUGAGCGGCAAAUCCCACAUUACCUUCUAUGGCGGCGCCUUUCCCAGUAGGAAGGCAGAUCUCAGUGACAAACAAGGAAAUAUGAAACUCCACCAGGGCAGAAGCAGCUACUUGUUACAGGAGCCGCCUGCUGAACAAUGCCUUUUCCCCGCUGUAGCAUCUGCCACUGGCUCAGAAAAAAGCACACCUGGGGAAGUGAAGAAGAAAAAGGCUUCAAAGGCUUUGAAAUUGCCUCCUAUCUCAGAAGAACAACCCAGAGUCCUGGACCCCCUGAGGAGUCAAUUUAAAGCCAAUGAGCCCCCAGCAGAGCUUCUCAUCUUCCCAGUGGAGAUUCAUUUCCACACCCCACACCCCCCAAAAAAGAAAGAAAGCAGAAGAGGUGCUCCACACCCUGAGUCAGGACCAGAAACAGGAGAAGAGGCCAGUCCUUUAUGGAGACCUUCCCUGAAGCACGCAUCCUUAGAAAAGCUGCGGGAGUUAACAGACACGGACAGGGACAUGCUCUCGCCUCAAGACAAUGAUGUCGCACCCCACAGUGCGACUCCACCACUGCCACUGAUCAAAGAAAGAAAAACUCCAGAGGGCCAAAGGGGCCUAGACAGCCCCAGGAAGUCAGGCCGCAGCAGCCCUACAUGUGAGACCCUGAAUGUGAGACGGUCCAGGGGGGCACUCCCAGCAGAAGGACAAGAAGAGUCCAGAGACCCCACACUGGGACACUUCUUGCUGGGUCCAGAUGGAGAAAACAUCUGCCUGUACCUCCCAGGACCUACCCAAACCGAGAAGCUUCUGUCGGAUAAAGCAAACACUGAAUCUGGAACCGAUCUUCAAAUGAAUCUUAAUGAAACCUCACCUUUGACCCAAAAGCCAGAGACACAGGGAGCCCAGCAGUCCUUGGAGGCAGCAGCUCAGAAGACAGGAGAGCCUCAAAGUUGUGUAAAUAAAGGCCCGAUAUGUUCAAACAGAAGAGAAUUUUACACACGCAAGCUGUACAUCGACAUGAUGCCGUUCCUGAAGGACAGUGGAGAUGAACUAGACUAUGAGGAAACACCAGGAGGAUCCCUCAGAGAAAAUCAUCAAGACACCCAAGACUCAGAGCCAAUGAGUGUGACCCUGAGCCCUCUCAGUGCUUCCCUGGCUGAGCACAUCCCGACGCCUGAGGCAGACACUGUCCAAAAAGCGGGCAAAGAUUAUGAUGUGCACCAUCUGCACGGUGGACUCCCAGGAUAUGGGCCUGAGUCCCCAAAGAGGUUGGGUCCUGUAGACACAUCUCUUCUUCCAAAAGAAAGAGAAGGGAAGACUGAACCAAGACUGUCCAACCAGCAGACACCAACCAACAUCAGUCAUGAGAAGAUGGAGUUGAUUGACAAAGCCAAGAGAAAGAAAAGAACCAAGACAGACAAAUCUAAGGUGCCUGAGGGGAAGAGAGAAGGAAAGGUCCAUGUGGAAGCAAAGGUUGCUGUCGGAAAGUCAAAGGGAUCAAAGGCUGAAAAUAAAUCAGACUUAAUUCCCAAAGGAAAAACACCAGGAACCAAAAGGAAAUGGGCACAGAAGGAAAGGGAUGUGGAAACAGCAGCAGUGCUGAGUGGGUCUGAUGUUGUUGACGCUAAGGAAACAGAGGACACCUCGGACAGAGAUUUCUUUCCUCCAGACUCUCCUGCAGAGGACCCUGGGCUUUCUCCCAGAGGUGAUGCUCCGGAGAGCCAAGUGUCAAUAGAUGGAAGAUCAUCACCCAUCCCAAAUGUCACUGUCGUGGGAAACACAGAAUCUAAAGAAGAGAGAAGCCAUGUGGACGCUUCCAUGGACCUCCUUGCCAAGAGGGAGCAGGAGAAAGCUUCCCGGGACAGGCUGCGAGCAGAGAGGGCCGAGAUGAGACGGUUGGAGGUGGAGAGAAUGAGAAGGGAGCAGGAAGAGCAGAGGCGGCUCCAGCAGGAGCAGCUGGAGAGGGCAGAGAAGAUGGAGGAGGAGCUGGAGCUGGAGCAGCGACACCACGCAGAGGAGAUCCGCUUGAGGAAACAAAGACGAGAGGAAGAACGGCAGAAACAGGAGGAGGAGGAGAGAAAGCAGUGGUUGCAGUUGCAAGCAGCCCGGGAGAGAGCCAGGCGGCAGCAGGAGAAAUUCCGGAGGAAACUGCAAGAACUGCAGAGAAAAAAGCAGCAGGAAGAAGUGGAGAGAGCUGAGGCAGAGAAGCAAAGGCAGAAGGAAUUGGAAAUGCAGCUAGCAGAAGAACACAAACGCCUGAUGGAAAUGGCUGAAGAAGAACGACUGGAGUACCUACAGCGGAAACAGGAAGCAGAAGAGAAGGCUCAGCUGGAAGCAGAGAGGAGGCAAAAGGAAGAGGAAGCAGCAAGGCUGGCUCUGGAGGAAGCCAUGAAACAAAACCAGGAACUAGCCAGGCAAAAAGCUGCUUUGAAGAAGCAUCAUCAUUUCCAUCAAGAACUCCGCAAGGAAGCCAGUGGCCUGCAGUGGACACACAACAUUUCCAGACCAUGGGUCUACUCUUACUUUCAGUUCCUACAAAUGCCCAGACCUUAACCCUAGAAGAAAACAAAAAAGUAGCGCUAUGUGGCACAGUACUCCCUCAUGAGUCUGGGCAGGAGCAGCAAGCUGGGCUCCCAUCAGCCACAGGAUCACAAGGAUAAACCACCAAUUCUCCACAGUGCGCUGUGCUGCCAGCAUAUUCUGGAUACUGUGUUGUGAGCAUAUUUAAGGUAGGCUAGGCUAAGCUAUGAUGUUCAAUAGGUUAGGCACAUUAAAUUCAUUUUUUACUUCAAUAUUUUCAACUUAUGUGUUUAAUGGGAUGUAACCCCAUCAUAAGUUAAGGAGCAUCUAUAUCCUAAUUCCAAUUACAUUUAUAAAACAAUGUAUUUUAAUGAUAAUGGGUAACAUUUACUGAGCAUUUUUAGGCAUCAAGUUAAGAGCUUUAUGUAGGUCAUCUUAUUUCAUCUUCAUGGGGAUAGGCACCAUAAUAUUCCCUUUUCGCUAAGGGGGAAACAAGGCACAUAACUUGUUCAUUGUCCUAAAGUCAGACAAUGGUGAAGCCCAAGUUUGAAUCCAGGCAGGUUGAAGGAAUUAGUUAUUGAUCUAAUAAUCUAGCUCAUGACGGCCAGGAUCUGUUAAGGAUUUGGCAUUAAUAAAUUAAUUAGACUUAUGAUUUUUUUUUAACCCUCUGUCAGGCGCAACUGAUCUCACAGAUUGUUUU